AGCACGUUCUGUGUACCUCGCGUUCCACACCACGCAAGUGCAGUUAGUGUUAAAACAAUGUCCAAGGCCCCGCAGUGAGCGAUUGCAUAAUGUCUUACAUACUUACCUUCAACUAUGUGUUGUGACACACAGUGCUAUGUUCUAAAAGUGCUAACUUGUACAACGACACAUCUACAAAUUUAAAAAUAUUUCGUACAGACCACUCGGACCAUCGAAACCACUCGGUCCACUCAGACACCUCGAACCACUUGGUCUACUCGGAGCUCCCAGACUUCUGUGAUCACUUUCGACUGAUCCUUCAAUCAUUUUGACGAAAAGGCAUGUUGAAAGGACGCACCCGCGAUCCCCGCACUGCGGGACAACUUCCCCCACACCUGGCUUCGCGGCCGCCGAUGAAAGCAACCAUCCAGACGAGGUCUGCACAACCAACAAGAGCUCCAUUGGCUAAGCCAGAACCAGACUACGAAGUGGUGGAAUUCCCAACGGAUCAAUAUGUUAACGCUAAACUUCAGCCGCCGCCUCCACCGCCGCCGCGGCCAGCAACUAAUCAACCUGUAGACGCGGGUGCAUCAUGUGGAUUGUGCGGCGGUGGCGGUGCGCGUGUGCGUUGCACUGAGUGCGGCCGGCGCGCGCUUUGCGCCUCCUGCGAUGACAUGUACCACCGACAUCCUAAGCGCCGCAACCACCAGCGUUUGGCUCUAUCUCCAUCCCAACUUCGUGAUGAACGUCCCCCGCUGCCGCCUAAAACAACACCGCCUGUUCCACCGCCCCGACGACACAAGCUCGCCGGCGACCGAUCGAGUGCCAGCCCUAUGCCUCCUGGACUAGACCAACGUAGAGCGACUGUUGGGCACGUGCCUACUAUGCCGAGCCACUCCAUGCACUUGCAAAUGUCUUCAGUCAACAGCCACUUGACGCAACAGCAAGCCCUUCCGUCAAACUUACAGGGCAAACCGCAUUCCUUUCACGCGGCGCCCCCCACACAGGCGGUGCAUGCCCACGUAGGCAGUAUGCCAUAUCUACCCGCUCCCCCCCAAGCGCCACCGCUGCACAUGCACGCCAACACUCUCCAUCACAACAUGCCUGGGUUGUGGGGUCGCAUGCGGGGUUCCCUGCAAGGAUUCAAUGUGCCAUCGACAAUGGGCAUGCCGUCGGAACCGUGGGAGAGCCCCGGAAGCAUUUCACCGUCAGGGCCGAGCUCCUCAUGGGGGCCGCCACUGCGGCGUAAUGCGUCUGUACUGGAGUUGGGCGGCGGCACCGCGUGCAGCGGCUGCGCACAUUGCUCGCCCGCGAGCUGGCGCUAUGGCAGCUGUGCCAGCUUAGAGCACGGUUGGCCACCCGCGUGGCCGCCACCGCCCACUUGUUGCGCACCACCACACGGCCCUCAUCUCUCACACAUGCACCCACACACGCACUUCCAUUCGCCGCAUACGUCACAGCCCUAUCGUAGAGGGGAAAGUCGAGGGGCAUCUCGCGUCGCAUCCCGGACUGGAUCUCGCGCGGCGUCGCCAGCAAUGAGCGCCCGAUCACGCACGUCGCGACGCACCAAGCAUCGGACACCCUCGCCGCCACCGUUGCCGUCUAGCGACGCGGAUUCCGAGAGCGAAAGCGACAGCGACCGAGCCGCUAUGCCCGCUCCCGUUGUUCGUACGCCUACCCGUGAACCGGGUCGAGCGAUCUCUACGCCUAAACCACCAGUCGCAACUGGUCCGCUGCCAACACCCACUCCCCCAUCUACUGUCGAUCAGAUGGAGGAAGACAGCCUUGGACCGGCUCCGCCGCCGUCUGAGACAAACUGGCAGUGUGAACACUGUACAUUCGUGAAUGAACCUGGCGUGCGCGUAUGUUCUGUGUGCUGCCGCACGCCAACGACCGCACCGCGAGUGCUGCCCACCGCCACUGCAGUUGCUGCGACCGUCGAUUCCACCGUAACCAUAGCCCCUGUAAAAAGUGACCCCAGUCCCGGUUUAGAGCGCCUCAAGCUUAGCUCACCAUCUCCUGUUCGCAUCGUUCCUGAGAAUAUUAAUCCUAAGCAAAAUGCCGAAAACACUAAGACUAAACCGGUAAAAUCUCGUGCGUCGACGAGCUGUGGUCCCUCUCCUCCGCGAGAGGCGCUGCAAAGACCCAUCAAUCGAUUAAUGACUCCCACAGGGGACCAAACUGGGCGUGAACAAGUGGAGGAACCGAAAACUCGCCAUGAUAUGGCUGUCGGACCAUCGCCACCUCGAGAUUUCCAAAAUACUAGACAUAAUAUGGGUACUGGAACUUCCUCUCCUCGUGAAUCCAAUGCAUUCGUUCGAUCAUCGCCCUACCGAGAACCUAACGUUAUUAAAAGCCCCGACGAAUCAACCCCACGCCACAGCGUGUCCUUGGGACCCUCGCCGCCCCGUGAUCUUGGGUUCCAGUCUUCCAGGAAUAACACCCUGAAAAAGUCGUCACCACCACGAGCAACCUUUCAAGAAAAUAAGUCUUCUGUGUCCACCCGGACCAACGUAUCCAAUACCGGUACGUCUCCACCGCCGCAAAGUAUCUCUACCCAGACAUACGAAGUGCCAAACAGCUGGGAACGCGUGCCGUCAGCUUCGCGCUCACGCCCUCAAAGACGCUUCCGAGACGACAGUCGUCGCGAACGGUCGCACAGCAGACAUUCGCUAUCAAGCGACACCCGCGAUAGCGAGCGAAGCGUACACACUAGUGGCGGCGGGCGGUGGGAGUGGCGCGAAACUCGUGACAGUAGUCCUGGGGGUGAAUGGAGCGGCAGUGAACGGCGUCGCGGCGCAGCGCGUCUCGCCCGCCGAGCUUCACACCUUGACCUACGCCGCACUCGCUCUAUGCGUCGUUCCAGCUUCUACGGCUCAGAGGCAGCAUCUCCGGAGCCUCUAUCUUCAAAUCGUGCGAUCUCCCUGGAGGCGUUGGCCGGUACGGGCGUUAGACGGGAAGCCGAAAGAGGUCUUGAGCUAGCGCGCCUGAUGACAGACGCGGAGAGGCUCGGAUUCAGCGCCGCCGAGGUGCACGCGGCGUUAGCGCAGAAUCCGGUGGCGCCACUGGCGUGGCUGCGUGACCGCUGGCCGAGCCUGUGCGCAGGCGUGCGUGCCGCUGCCGCACGUCUUGCGCCGGGAGUUAAUGUCAGUGAGCUGGAAGCGCGCGCAGCGCUCGCCCGCCACCGCGGUGCCAUGUGGCCUGCCGUCACCGACUGCGUCGAGAGACACCGCCGACAGGCGGAGGCAAUGGGCGUGGGCGAGGAGAGACGGUUGCGCGGCCACAUUUGGGGCUCGCCGGUGGGCGCGGACGACGACGCCGCUCCACCGCCCACGAAGCCCUCUGUCGCUCGCCGCUCGCUGCGCGCGCGCGCAGAAGAUAGUUCAGAUGAGUUUGAAGCUCCCAUCCCGACGAAAUAUCGAGACGACGAUUGGAUGUAUUUACCUUUAGAUCCGCCGAUUCAAAACUCUUACGAUAUGGAACCCAGUGCCGAUUUAUGGAACGACUCGCACACGAACGUCCUUAACGAGAAUUCUGCAAACAACACAGAGGAUAUAGCUCUUAAAUUGAAAUCGUACUUAAUACAGGCCGGAGUCCCGUCAAUCGACGAAAAUUUACUUUUAAAUGGCUUAUUAGCAGAUAACACAACGUUCAAGACGAAUCAAACCAAUAAUGUAAGCAUAUUAAAUCAUUCAAAUAUCUUUAACAAUAAACAGCAAUUAGAUUUGGGCCAAUCUGAAUUUGAUUUCAUAGAAGCAUAUAAUGCAUUAACAAGGUCUAGUCCUCUACCAAACGUACACAAGAUGACAAACGACCUCCAAACAAACAAAGAAAAUGUGGCAUUAGGUCACAAAGAACACACAAAUUUACCUUUAAAAAGUAACAAAAAUGGUAGUUCCAAUGAAGACAAAAUAAUAAACCACAUUCACGGCCAAACUGAGGAUCAUCCAGUUGAAUCAAAAGUUGAGCGAACUGAUAUUAGCGAAGAGCACUCAAUCAUUGCAACAAUCAAGAUUCCAAAAUCUUUAACUAAGCAAAAUAGCACUGUAGAAACAAAAGAAACUGUCAGUACACCUAUAACUGCAAGAGAAUAUGAAACAAAAGGUUCAAAACCUGUAUUAUUAACGAAAUUGCAAAAAUACAAAGUUCCUCGAACGCAUGAAAUUAACACUCGGUCGCUUAAUUCUGAGACGCUGCCGAAACAAAAAAACAACGAAGAAGGAUCUAAUAAUUUAAGUGACAUUGUGGACAAUACACAAAGAUUAAUUCAGCAAAUGAAAGAUGAAAUAAACUCUGAUAUAAAUUCCUUGGAUGGUCACAACAUGUCACAAAGCGAAGCUGAUAACAGUUCAAAUGAAUCAGAUUUUACAAAUGAACAUGAAUCGUCGUAUAGCGAAACGGAAGAAGAAACAGAAGAUUUAACAUCGGAAGAAAAUGAAAACUCAAGAAGCGAAAAAUCUGAGAAUAAUGCCCCGGUAAUGAAUAGGACAAGUUCCGAAGACAAUGAACAAUUUGAAGAAGCUAUGGAUCAUAUUGAAGAACAGAAUGAAAAUUUCAGGCAAACUAACAUGGAAAUAUUAGACUCUAUCGCUCGUAGUUUACAUGAAGAACAUUCAAUAUCAGUUGAAACCAGUGAAAAUCACAUAAAAGAAGCAAUAAAUGAUCCUAGCACUCCAACAGAACAUCUAGCUCCCAUGACCACUCAAACAAUCCCUGUCCAAAACCAAGCAACUAGUUCUAAAAAGCAUAAACAAGAUGUCAAUAAUAAUAUUUUUGCCGCAGUUUCUUCUUUCGAAGAAAUUUAUGAGCAAAUUAAUUCUAAUGACUCAACCCCAUUUGAAAUAACCAAUAACAGUCUACGUGCAUCUAAACCAAAACUUGUAUUAGAACGAUUUGACAUUCAUAUUUCGACUUUUAUGCCAGACCGUAUAAUGCAAUUAGAAAUAAAGGAGCAACAUCAACCAUCUGUGCUAAAUGCAGUGUUCGAAAAUGUUGAUUCCAGCACUACAUUACCUAAUAACAUUGAAUUACCUAAUAACGUUGAAGAAGUAAGUGAAGUUGACCAACAUGUUGAUAAUAACAACAAGGAAUCUGGGUUAUCAAUGAAAUCAAAAACCUUCAAUAUUCGUAGUUCACCCGAUAAAAUCGAAAGCACUGACGAUGACGAUUCAAGUUCCGACACAUCUAGAACGACAGUGUCUCCGAUGAAACAAAAUUUGAACCAAACUCUUAUUAUAGACAAAACUUUCAGUAAUGAAAAUACAAAUGAAACUGUUGAAACAACGCCCUUAAACGGUUCAUUGAAUAAUCAGAAUCAUGAUUUCGAUCAUAACAUCGAAUCUAGUGUUACUAAUAAUGCCGUUAAAAGCAAAAGUAAUUCGCCAGAUAAUACGCCUCCGAGUCCCAAAAAUCAUAAUAAGAACACUACUAAUAACAAAUCUAACAUUCCGAAGCUAAUUAGAGCUUUAGCAAAUAAAAAUAAAUCAAAACAAGAAAUUAAAAGCCCUCCUAAAGUAAUAGCAUCAAAAGUACCUGUGCGUCGAGGAUCAGUAAAACAUUAUCCUGCACCUGCACCCCCGAAAACAAACUUUGGCACUAUCCAGAACGGUACUGUAAAACAACUACAAACACGACUGUUUAGUGAUAAAGCCAUAAAGAUGACAGUGAAUCAUGCAGCAGUUAUUGAAGUGAAACCAUCAACCUCGACUUUGAAUAAAAAAAGACCAGCGCCUCUUCCGCCGUCGAAACCCGAAGAGACAACAAAAACCUCUCCACCAAAAGAGUCACCACAAAAAGGAAAAAAACCCUAUUUUCGUGAAUCUUGUCGAACGGAAGAUGAAUGGACUGAAAGUGAUUCUGAAGAUUCACCAUUACAGAUCGGACGUCAAAAUAACGAUGAACCACAACGUCAGCCCUCACCGCCGCCUCCUAUCACAGUUCGGAGAGUAUCUGGUCAACUAAUUGACCUGGCUAGAGUUCGCAUCUUGGAAGGUUCACCAGAGAGACAAGCAAGAAUGCUGCUCGCAGAAGGAGCAACGGAAAAUUGGGAACAGGCACAAUUGGCGGUGGAGCUGAUAGCACGCGGAGCUGAUACUCCGGCCGCUUUGUUAGCCGCCCUUGAAUGUAUUGAUUUAAACUCAGCAUUAACAUACCUACAUCAAGAUUGUGAACUUUGCGCGUCUCGGCUUCCCGAACACGAGAUGGUAUCUAUGCUACGGUGCACCCACCGAUGCUGCCGAGAAUGCGCUCGACACUACUUUACCGUUCAAAUAACUGAGAGGAGCGUUGUUGACUGCGUGUGUCCAUACUGUAAGGAGCCAGAAUUAGAGAACCUACCAGAAGAUGCCUGGCUGGAGUAUUUUGCUCAUCUUGAUAUUCAGUUAAAAACUUUGAUAGACAUUGAUACCCACGAACUAUUUCAAAGAAAGCUACGAGAUCGAACGUUAGCAAGAGAUCCAAACUUUCGCUGGUGUGUAGAGUGUUCGUCAGGAUUCUUCGUUCAUCCGAAACAGAAGAAAUUACGUUGCCCAGAAUGUAAAUCUGUUACUUGCGCAUCUUGUAGAAAACCUUGGACCGGAAACCACGAAGGGUUGUCGUGUGAACAAUAUGCAAAGUGGUUAGACGACAAUGAUCCGGAACGAGCCGUGGAAGCAGUACAGCAGCACUUGCGAGAAAACGGUAUCGAAUGUCCGCGAUGCCAAUUCAAAUACUCCUUAUCUCGAGGAGGGUGCAUGCAUUUUACUUGCACACAAUGCAAAUACGAGUUCUGUUACGGUUGUGGAAAGCCUUUUAUGAUGGGCGCGCGAUGCGGCCUUAGCGAAUAUUGUGCCAAGCUAGGGCUACACGCGCACCACCCAAGAAAUUGUCUCUUCUACCUACGAGACAAAGAACCGCAUGAAUUACAAACACUGUUACAGAUGAACAAUGUGAAAUACGAGACUGAAACAGCGGAGGGAAACGCGCGCUGUCCUGUGCAACUGCAGCGAGAGACUCCCACCGGUCUCGUUGACACCACCUGUGGCAGCGAGGUGCCACCUAACUACGCCGGUCUUUGCAAGAACCAUUACCUGGAAUACCUGUGCCGGCUGGUGCGAAACGCGCACGUGGACCCGAUGCCGCUGUUGGAGGGCGCACUAUGUGGAGUAUCUUGCGAGCUUGGCGCGCGGCCUCGACCCUAUCCCCAUCAUGGACGUGCCCGAGCUGGUAGCCGAGCUGCGUCGCCGCGCUCUGACUCUGCCGGAACGCGGGCCCUGGGACACUGAUCCUAUCUAUGCCGGAAUGUGCGCAGAGAUUGUGAGGGAGAAAAUACCACUGGAUUGAAGGAUCAAGAAAACCGUAUAAAACAUUAAGCGUCGAAUAUUAUAUAAACAUCGGGAUUUAACGCUUCUACCAUUGAAACUAUUAGCAUAUGAUUAGCAUCAAAAUAUUUAAGUUUAAAAAGUAUUUAUUAAGCUUUAUGGUUAUAAACAUUAAAAAGCAACUU